CCCAACAAAGUUCCUUUUUUCCCUCUCACACACAAAUUAUUAGAACCAAAAAUAUGAUGAAGCAAAAUGUAUAUUUUCUGCUACUUCUUCUUGUUUCCAUGAUCAUAUUUUCACAAGCAUCUAGUCGUGUUUUAGCAAACAAACUGCAAGUGGAAGAGGAAGCAAAGCUGCCUAAAAGAGCCAAUGAUGGAGACUCAAUUGACAAGAUGGGAACUAUUAAUUUAAAUAGGUUGAUGGGACUAGAGGAAUAUUCAUGUGAGGAUAAAAAUGAUCAAGAAUGUAUUAAGAGAAGAGUUCUUGAAGAAGCUCACUUGGACUACAUCUACACUCAACACCAUAAUCACCCUUAAUUAUUAGAGAUUAUUACUUUUAUAUAUAUAUAUAGUUCAAGGAUUAAUUAAUAUCAAGGCAGCCUUCGAGCGACGCGGAUUCGAGCUGUGGAAGCAACCAUUAAUAGUUAUAUUGUAUUGUAUUAUGAUAUAGAUUUGUCUACAUUACAUAAGGCCCUUCCCUGAAUCAUGUAUAAAUAUCAAUUGCUUUGUGUACUAGACAACCCUUUUUAAGAAUUAAUUAAUAUGUAGUCUUUUUAAUUAAUAUCACACAAUAAUG